AUGGCCGGUAUGAUUAGAGCAGCGUUGCGAUCAACUCGUACUCUAAAUAACGCAAAAUUACCAAUUAGAUAUCAAUCUCCGCCAAAGUAUAAGAACCAAAAGUCUUUCCAAUUUCCCACUGCUGGCUUGCUAGCACUAUCUGCCAUCCCGAUUUUCACUCUUUAUCUUGGUUUCUGGCAAGUGCGGCGAUUAGACUGGAAAUUAAAUCUAAUCGCAGAAUUGGAUGAUAAGCUUGGUCAAGAUCCACUACCUCUUCCGAAGCACAUUGAUACUUCGGUCCUCCCAGAAUUUGAGUAUAGGAAGGUUACAGCUGGUGGCACUCUCUUAAACCACGCCAUAGCCGUCGGUCCACGUACACUUGAUGGCGAGAUUGGUGUGCAUGUUAUACAGCCACUACUAAGACACGACGGACAGACAGUACUCGUCAAUAGAGGUUUCAUACACAAUGACAAUCUCGAUAGCUUUCUUAGCUCACUCGGGAACACCAGCACGGAUGUAGACAUUGUCGGCAUGCUCAGAGUCUCCCAGAAGAGAAACAUGUUCACCCCCGAUAACAUCCCCGCUGAUAAUGUUUGGCUCUGGGUCGAUGUACCUGCUAUAGCAACACAUCUUUCCUCACUCACUAACACUCCCAUCGAAAACGUUCUGAUUGACGAGAUUUACGAUGGUUUGCCUGGCUCUAGAUUGGCACAAGGUGUGCCUGUUGGUAGACCAUCCAAAAUUGAACUGCGCAAUCAGCAUGCUGUUUACGCAUUCACGUGGUUCUCCCUCAGCUUGUUCACUACUGGGUUGCUCUACAGGCUAGCCAAACGCACACAAGGUUUGCGCUUAAUGAGAAACAAAUAG